GAUAACAUUUUUAUCAGUUGAAAUGAAAUCUAUACUAUUUAAAGAAUCCACCCUAUUGCAAAAUAGCUUUAAUUACGUUGAUUUUGCAAAUAAAAAAUGCCAAACGCGUAGGUUAGUUAGUAAAGCAUAUAUUAAAAAGGUCAUUUUGACUUUUUGCAUAAAUUAAGAAAUUUUUUUUAAAAAAAAAUCAUUUUUAUUUAUCAUUAAUACAUUAACAAAAAGUUUCUCUCCAACUAAUACAUUAGAAUAGUGAAGUUAAAAUUCAAAUAUUAUUUACAAAUUUGUAUUGGAAAUGUAAAGCAACAUUUUUUGUGAAACAAAAUUAAAAUUGUCGAAUGACACUCUUUAAGAAAUGAAAUGGUAAUAUAUAUUUAUCAAACAUAAAAGCAAUUAAUAUACAUAAAUAUUAACUCUUUUAAUUUGUAGGCGAACAAUAAAAAGUGUAUAUAGAGCAUAACGUUUAAAAUGAAGUGUGCAAACCUAAAUCAAGAAAGGGUUGGUUAUUCCAACAAAAACCAUGCAAGUUUGUUACUGAAUCAUCACAAGAAUAAAACUGUUCCAGUGUCUGCCCAGGCAUUUUAACAGAAACACAACUUUUUUAAAAACAAAUUAAUAAAAAACAUGCGGUAGAAACUCCAACCAAAACCUCUUUUUAUUACCUCUGCUUUCUACUAUUCUACCAUAUACUUUUCACAAGAAAAUCUUCUCCCCAGGCAUAUAUAAGGAAGAAAGAUCUCUGAGGUUAAUUUUCACAAAUCCUUUGAAAUCAAUCAUUCUAUAGAUUGAUAUUUUGUAUCAGCGCCAUAAUUAACCAAAACGUUAGAGAUCAUAACAAAAAGAGCGAGAAAAUGGUGAGGGUUGGUGAAGCAUUGAGUGUAUCAACCUCAUCGUGUUCAUCUCUCUACGAUAGUGAAGUUGAAGAGCUUCAAAAGAUGCCACUGGAACCACCGAAGAAGCCCAAGAAACGUCUCUCGAAGCAACUCUCGAUGCUGGAGACCAAAAGAGACAUCGCAUGGGAGCGUCACCGUCGCCAGAUGCUCCAAUAUCACCUCCAGAGGAAGCAAAUAAACGAAAGAGGUGAUAUUGACUUAACCGACGAGGACCUGAGUGAGCUCAAAGGUUCCAUUGAGUUAGGGUUUGGUUUUAACGAGGAGCAAGGGCAACAACUUACGACCACGUUGCCUGCGUUAGAUCUUUACUUCGCUGUGACACGUCAGAUCUCGCCGGUAUCAACACCAGGAAGCAGUGGAUCUUCGUCCUCUCGACUUACUUCUCUUGGAGACCAUUCCUCCUCUUUUGGUAGUCCUAUAAGCGACUCAUCAGAUGGAUUGAAACUUUUAUCUCCAGGAGAUAAUCCCCAGCAGGUUAAAACAAGGCUGAGGCAUUGGGCACAAGCUGUGGCAUGUUCUGUGAUACAACAUAAUUAAGCAGACACUUAGAGAUGGAUUUUUACAGAAUGGGACAUGAAAGAGACUAUGCAAAAUUUGGUUGAGGCAAAGGAAGUGGUGUGACAGAGAAGGGUACAUUUAUUGAAGUUUCAAACUAAAAGAAGAAAUGAGAAAGAUGCAUGUUAUUAUUCUCCAACUUUUAUUUUCAGCAUAGAAAGAUAUUAGGUUUUUGUUUAUCGU